UGUUACUCGGUUUCUCCGGUGUUUACGAUGCUUACGAUACAUUUAAGUUUUGUAAAUAAUGUAUAUUUCUAUGUAUUUCAUUUUGCCGGGAGGCUGAUAUGUCAUUCUACACGGAUCUUUAAAUUAUCAUAAGAAUUUUUCUCACAUGAAUUAAUAAUUAUCAUAUUUUCCAACAGUAUGGCUAUGUCUUUUCAUCAAAAAACUGGGACUAUGGUGACUUUAACUAACUUCAAUAAAACUGCUAGUCGUAAUAAUGCACAUCAAGAAUUUAAUAAUGGAUUGGUUAUGAGCAGUCAGCCUUUAGUAGAUGAUCAGUUAUUUGAAGUGCGAAUUGAUAAAAAAGUGCCAACGUGGAGUGGUUCAAUAGAAAUUGGUGUUACAAGUUUAGAUCCUAACUACUUGGAUUUUCCUUCUAGUGCUACAAACUUCAGAGAAGGAUCAUGGGUUAUGUCAGGCACUUCAGUUUUAGAAGAUGGAAAAUCUCAUUUGGAGGAUUAUGGACAUGAUUUGGAUGAGCUUUCUGAAGGAGAUACUGUUGGUGUCAUGAGAACAUCAUCAGGAGAGUUGCAUUUCUUUGUAAAUGGCAUUGACCAAGGAGUGUCUGCCCACAGAGUUACAGGAACUAUAUAUGCUGUUGUUGACAUGUAUGGAAAAUGUGCUCAAGUUUCUAUUGUUGACCGUGAAGAUAAAAAGCCAGAAUUCGUUUGUGUUGCUAACAGAUUACGUUUUCAUGAGCACUGUGGUACAAUGGUGAAACUUACCAAUGGAAAUCGUACUGCUGAGAGGAAAAAACCAGUGGAUGAGUUUAAUAAUGGAGUUGUAAUGACUCAUAGGCCUAUCUUAGAUGAUGAGUUAUUUGAAAUAAGAAUUGAUGAACUUGUGAAUAAAUGGUCUGGAUCUAUAGAAAUGGGUAUUACAACACAUAAUCCCGAUACACUUAAUUUUCCUGCAACAAUGACAAAUAUGAGAUCAGGUACUAUAAUGAUGAGCGGUUGUGGCAUACUUACAAAUGGAAAAGGCAGCCGGAGAGAAUAUGGAGAAUACAAUUUAGAUGAGCUUCAUGAAGGUGACAGAAUUGGACUUGUAAGAAAGGCUAAUAAAAAUUUGCAUUAUUAUAUUAAUGGAUUAGAUCAAGGUAUUGCUGCUGAAAAUGUUGCUGAUGUUGUAUAUGGUGUUGUUGACUUGUAUGGCAUGACAGUGAAAGUUACUAUAACAGAUAACUUUAAACCUACUCCUAAUACUCAUGAUGCAGAAAUUAUACCUUCUUCUCUGGAAAUAACAAGUCAUUCUUCUAGUCAAAGAGUUGGUUUAAGAUAUGAUGAUUUAUUAUUUAAUGAACGUUGUGGCCUGCAUGUGACUGUUGUGAAUGGUGGUAGAACAGCUCUUAGACCUAACUGUUUGGAUGAUUUUAACAAUGCUGUUGUAGUGACUAACAGAAAACUGAAACCAGGCGAAUUAUUUGAAGUUCUUCUAGAACAAGUUGUUAUGAAAUGGGCAGGCACAAUUGAAAUUGGUGUAACUAUGCAUUCUGCAGAUGACCUAGAAUUUCCAUCAACUAUGACUAAUGUCCGUUCAGGAACAUGGAUGAUGACAGGAAAUGGCAUUAUGUAUAAUGGAACUACAAUAUCUGAUGAGUAUGGAUGUAACUUAGAUAAGCUUAAGGCUGGUGAUAGAAUUGGAGUGGUAGUGUAUGAGGAUGGAAAAUUGCAUUUCUUUGUAAAUGGCAUCGAUCAAGGUCUAGCUGCAUGUAAUGUGCCUAUGGGAGUCUAUGGAGUAAUUGAUUUAUAUGGUCAGGCUGCCAAGGCAUCAAUAGUUCGGUCCACAGAUUCUCCAAUUUAUUAUGAAGAUUUGAUCCAAUCAUCUGCCACUAAUUUUAUGGAGGAUUUACAAAUGAGUCAAGCAUCGUCAGUACGUAUAAACCAGAAAAAUCAUCCUAUAGGGAAAGUUGAGGCUGAUCACAUCAAUGAAGUUUCAAGACCACUUGGAGCAGCUAUUUAUGAUCCAUUAUCAUUAUAUUUUGACGAUGGUGAUGAAAGUUUAGAGGAACAUACAAAUGAUGAUAUAAUUGAACCUCCACAUUCUUUUCAUCCUGUGUAUGGAGUUAAUGUACGUUUGGAUCCAAUUGGAAUUAUAGCAACUAGGAAAACAGAUUAUAAUCAGGGUUUAGCAUUUAGUGCAAAACCUUUAGAAAAAGAUGACCUGUAUGAGGUGCAAAUUUUUACUGUUAAUAGUAAAUGGGGAGGUUCCUUUAGGUUUGGAGUCACAACUUAUGAACCUAAAAAUCAACUUAUGUUACCUCCUAGUGCUUUAAAUCUUGCUGACUGUGAUACAUGGCUAAUAUUGGAUUCUGAUUUGUACAAAAAUGGUGUAGUAAUCAAAAGAAAUUAUGCUGUGUUUUUCUCAAGAAUUACAGCAGGCGACAGAAUUGGUGUGAAAGUAUUUUAUGAUGAUAGCCUUCAUUUUUUCAUUAAUGCUGUUGACUUAGGUAUUGCAGCUAUUAAUAUGCCAAAGAAACUGCAUGUAGUUGCAGAUAUUUAUGGCUCUGUUGAAAGCAUUAUAAUGUAUCUAAAUCCUGUGUUGCCUACAACAAAUGUUGAUUCAAAGAAUGUGGAAAAAAAAUCGGAUGUAACUACUCCUGUUAAUUUAACAAACUAUAGUAUUAUGGCUUUUCAUGAAAACCAUGGAAGAAAUAUAAAAUUAUCUAAUAAGAAUCUGACUGCAUGCAGAAUAGCUAGCUACAAUCAAGGAGUAGUAAUGUCCUGUAAAGCUUUACAGUGUGAUGAAUUAUUUCAGAUUAAAAUUGAUAACCUUCAUUCUGAUUGGUCAGGGUCAGUACAAAUUGGUGUUAGCACUCAAAGCCCAGAUCAAGUAUGUCUACCCAUAUCUGCACUCUCAAUGAGGCGUGGUACUUGGGUGAUAAGUGGAGAUGCAGUUUUCUAUAAUGGUAUGAAAAUAAAAGCUAAAUAUGGUCCUAGCUUAAAUACUCUGAAAAGUCGAAAUAAGAUAGGAGUUCAAAUAGACCAUGAAAGAAACCUUCAUCUGUAUGUGAACAAUAUAGAUCAGGGCAUUGCAGCUGAAGAAAUCCCUCAUCCUGCAUUUGCUGUUGUUGAUGUUUAUGGACAGUGUAAUCAAGUUACAAUCACACCUGAACCCUAUAUAUAUGAAAAUGAAAUUGAAAAAGAUGACAAAGAAAAGGCUGAUGUUGAAUACGAUGGUGAAAAGAUGAUAAAACCUGCAUGUUCUAGUCAACUUCUUCCAACAAAUUGUGAUCAUCAAAGAAUUUGCUCAAUUUUCAAAACGGCAUUAGGUUUAUUAGAUGCAUAUUUCUUAUUAGACAGUAUUGUUUGUUUCUGUGAGACUUGUCACAAACUAAGAGGAGAUGAGCCAUACUUUAGGAAAGGAGAUCCUCCUAGGGAAUAUGCAGAACCAUUUGGUUGGUGUCGAUUUCCCCUCAGAACAGCUGUUAAGGCAGAAAAAGGAGGCUUUAAUGAUAAAUGGCAUGUAGCUUUCCAUGGCACUGGAUUUGGAUCUGUGCGACGCAUUCUGGAGCAUGGGAAACUUUUACCUCCAGAAAAGUUAGGUUUUAAAGUUCGUCGAAAAGUUGCAGACAAAGGUGAAAAGUCUAAGGAUACAAAUGGCAGCCAUGUUUUAAUAUCACCUACAAUGCGUUAUGCUGGAUCCUCAAAAUUUUCGCCUGCAGACGAGUUUAUAGAUUCAAAAACUAAGAAGCUUUAUCAUGUUAAAGCUGCUUUUCAAGUUUAUGUGCGACCUGGUUCUUAUACAGUUGGUCCACAACAAUUAGGUGCUCGAGAUCCCAUUGAUAUACAUUUCAGCAAUAAUGACUUAGAAUGGUAUACAAAGGAAGAUGGUUCCAUUAUUCUCCAUAGUCUUCUAAUGAAAAUAGAUCCUGUUUGACAUCAUCUUAAAAUUUAUUUUACCUUGUGCCAUACUCUGAAAAGGAAAAAUAUCAUUUUAAUAACUGUUUGCUAACUGAAUAAUACGUAUCAUUGCCAAUGCUUCAAAUUUUCAAAAAUUCAUGAAUGCACAUCAUUUUAUAUUUCACCAAUUAUUUCUUAUAUAUCAUUAUUUAUGAUUAAUUACAGAAAAAAGGGCUGAAAUAACAAUAUGUGUAUUAUUAGUAUUUUGAUUUUCAUUAAGAGUGUAUGGAAAGUAACAAAUGCUAAAUUUUUUACAAUGUUUUCUUAUAGAAUCAAAACUGAAUGUGAUAUUGCCUAUGGAAUGAGAAUCAUGUUAAAAUAGGAAAGUGUUGUAAUGUUAUUUGUAUUUUAUAACUGCAGCUUUAAAAAAUAUAUAAUUUUACAGUUUUGUAUCUACAGAGUGAAAUUAAUUUAAAAAAAGGGUUUAAUAUUGAAUUUUAUUUAUUUAUUAUCUAU